CAAAGUACUUGAGGAAAAACUGAAACCUCAAGAUGUACUUGACACAAACACAAAGGAACACCCUGGACUCAAAAGUAAAGAACACCUCGUUUUUGUUCCGCAAAAGCAUCAAGUCACUUCCAGCUGAUGAUUGUCUGGAUGAACCAAUCUAUAUGAAUGGUCAGGUCGCACUGAGUACAUCAGACAUUGAAAGUAGGUUGAAAUCUACAGAAAUGUGUAGUAAUUUCAAUAGUAUGGUGAGUCUUGAUGGUGGGCUAGAUAGAACAAAAACCAGGGUUGAGGAUGUUGGUAGCAUUUUCUUUGCAACCAAAAAUGUCUCACAAUCAGGGAGAAGUAAAGGUUCACUAGGAAUUCAAAUAUUCACCCCAAAUAAUUCUGAUGAGAAUGGCAGAAAUGAUGGGAGUUUACAUGCUACCAAAAAUGGUAAAAUUGGAGAGGAGCAUAACAUAAAAAUCGAUGAAUGCAGUGAGGUUUAUGAAGACUUUUGCAACAGUGACAGUGAAGGAACAAUCUAUGAAGAAGUUGAUGGUUCCCCUGAAAGAUCACCAGGUUUGAAGUACAUGAAUGUCUCUAUCACAGAAGCUAGAAACUCAAGCAUUGUUGAAACUGUGAACCAGGUGUUGAUUGUUUCUCGACAGGGUUCAGGGUAUGAGGAAAUCAAAAGGGUUGGUGGGAAGUCAAGUGAUGGAAGUUUGAGUCAAGAAUUUGCAAGAAACAUUGGUUCAAAGACAAAUUUAUCAAAUGUGGGACACAAUCCUGCAAGGAACGUAGUGCUGAAGUCAAAUCUACAAAAUCUGGGUACAAAUCUUUCAAAAAAUGUUGAUCCCAGUGGUUCCAUGAAAGAUGGUUUUGUCCCCAGGAAAGAAUCUCCACAAGUUUCCCAAGAUCAUUCCGGGUCAAGAUCUACAUGGUAUGUCAUCCAUGAUCCCAACCGAAACCCUGAUACCAAAGCAUCUUCUGCAGAAUACUCAGGAUCUUUUGAACAUUAUUCAGGAUCGAAAUCGCCAAGUUACACCUACAUGGACGCAAAUGUUGGGGAUGUGAUCGCUAGGAAGGCUCCAGAUGACACCUAUGCAUCUAUUCCUGGGGAGGAUUUUAGUGAAAACAUCUACGAUGUCUUGGUACAUUCCCAGUCAAAAAUGCCAGCUGAAGGGGACUCCUGCCACUAUGAGGACAUCUAUCAGUCAGAGUUGGCCGGAUCUUCACAAUCGGACAGUUCCUGUGACCAGAGCAAUAGUUUGUAUGGAGUGGUGCCAGGACAUCAAAUGUCGCAGAAUUCUUUGGGAGUGUAUCAACUGAAUGAACCCAAAGCAAAUACUUCUGAAACGAGUGAUGAGUGGAUAGAUGACAUUGAUACAUCUGGAGGAGAUGUCGAAAUUUAUUUAUAUGAAAAACGUAACAAACCAAAAGUGAAAACUUCGUCAAGUUGGUCUCAAAAAGUAAGAAGACAAUGGACAGCCAAACAAGCCGGGGACUCAAGUUGGGAUGGCUCAGACUAUGAGACCAGUUCCCACCAAUAUGAGCCCAUGCUUCACACUCAGCAGAGCACCGCUUCCAUCAAUUCGACGAGCUCACGAGUUCCUCACUUCAAUUUCGACUCUGACUCCUCCUUUGAGGAUGACGAUGAGGAGGAGGAGGCGAGGAGGAAGGCCAUUGGGGACAUGGAAGGAGGUGGGAGAGGAGAUUUGGAAGAGAGAACGGGUCUGUCGACGACCGAAGGAAUCUACGGGUUGAUGAAGCAGGCGAGCAAGAGGAUGAGGAAGCACUGGUCUCUCGGGAAGAGUCUCAGGAUGAUCAGGAAGAUGAGCUCGUCUGCGGUGUUGGGAGGAGUCGACGAACAACCACAAGACACAGUUACCAAUGGCUCAACGACUAGUUUGAACAGAAGAAGGUGGUCUUCGUUCAAAAGCAGAUUCAAGCCUCCGUUGUCGUCCAGUGGAUCGAUCUUCUACUUGGACAAGGACCAAGCUGAAACACCCGACUGCAUACCCAACGUCUACUCGGACAAACCUACCCCCACCACACCACCUUCCGUUACCAUGGCAACAGGAUCGCCUACAACAACUUCCGUUACCAUGGCAACCAAUAAUAAUAGAUCAACUACAUCUCCUUCCGUUACCAUGACAACGGACCCCCGUCGCUACAGCAUAGCUUCCUCCUCACUGAGGCCUACUAGUCCACCUCCUCCUCCGCCUCCUCACUCCUCCUCACUGCACCGACAGUCGCUUUGUGAGGAGGUGUUGGCCAAGAGAGGGGGGUUGAGGAGUGUGGCCAGAGGAGGAGGAGGAAGGAGAGAGGAUGUGGGAGGUGUUGAGAGAGUGGGAGGAAGUGAGAGAGGAGGAGGAGCGUUUGAGAGGGCAGGAUCAGGAGGAGGUAGUGAUAGAGGAGGAGGAGGAGGAGGAGGAGAAUGGUUUCAGAGAGUAGGAUCAGGAGGAGGUAGUGAUAGAGGAGGAGGAGGAGAGAGGAUUGAAGGAAAAGUUGGUGAUAGAUUAGGGAGUAUUGAAAGAAAAACAGGAGUACAGCAACAAGAUAGGUUAGGAGUGAGUGAAAGAGGUAUAGGAGAGAGAUUGAGUGGUGGAGGAGGAGGAGGAGGAGGAGGAGGAGGAGGAGAAGCACUAGACAGAUUAGGAGGAGGAGGAGUAUUUCAGAGGGUCGGAUCAGGAGGAAGUAGUGAUCGAAGGAGAAGAAGUGGAGGAGGAGGGAGUGAGAGAGGAGAAUAUGGCAAUGGUUCCUUGGUGUCAGAGAGUGAUGAAAAUACUUCUAGCUGGGAUAGAAGGAUGUCUGGUGUGGAUAGGAUGUCAGAUAGAAGUUCAAGUCAUGGUUCGGAUCUUCACCUAAGGUUUGCUGAUGAGCCACUCUAUCAGUUCUAUAAUGAAACAGUUACCAAAGAAGAGCUCAAUAAGUUUUAUUCGAGAGACGACAGUAGCAGAGGUAGUGUAGCCGACUUUGAUUCGGAUGGCUAUGAAGAGAUAGGCAGUGACCGACUGCUUAUAUCGAGGCCCUCUGCCAUGGAUCUGAUUGCCCCCAAACAGGGGCACCAUAGGACUCUCUGGUGCGAGAUACCCGAGGUUAUCAACAGCGAGAUAUUAAAAACCCUCUCGAAGGACGAACGUCGCAUUCAGGAAGCGAAAUUCGAGGUGAUGACGUCAGAGGCGUCCUACUUGAAAUCGCUGACUGUGCUGGAAAAACAUUUUGCCAACAGUGCGGCAUUCAAGGAUGAGUCAGUGCUGCCAACAGAGGACCGCAAAAGUCUGUUUGGCCACCUAACUGGUGUCAGAAGGUGUUCGGAAAAGCUGUUGGCAGCCCUGGACAGAUGCUGGCAAGAGUCGAUUAUGUUGGCAUACCUGAGCGAAGUGGUUUCCCAGCAUGCCAAGCAACAUUUCCACGUUUAUGUCACCUACUGCUCAAACCAGAUUGAUCUAAACUGCACACUGAGGAGGUUGAAAGACACAAACAAACGUUUCGAAGAAGAGUUAGCCCGUUUGGAAUCAGACCCCAUGUGUGAGUCUCUGUCGCUGCAUUCGUUCCUGAUGCUCCCCAUGCAGAGGGUGACCCGUAUGCCACUGCUAAUGGACGCCAUUUUGUCUAAACUGGACACCAACCAUGCAGAGUACCAGGCCAGCAAGGCUGCUCUCCGCAUAUUGAACGAGUUUGUGCAGAAAUGCAACGAAGCGACGCGUCAACAGGAGCGAGUCAUCGAGAUGGUGCGUUUGAGUCGUCAGCUGGAAUUCAUGGACGAUGUGCGGACUCUGCCUCUGGUCUCACAGAGCCGGUGGCUGGUGAGGUCCGGUCAGGUGGUGCAACUCAACUCGGAGACAAUCGGUCAGAAGCAGACGUUCGGCAGGAAGCUGACUAGACAAGGAACUAAGAUCACACUCUUCUUGUUCAAUGAUGUACUGCUCGUCGCCAAGAAGAAGGGUGAGGAGAGUUUCCUAGUACUGGACCACUGCCCACGCAAUCUCAUCCAGAUGACGGCAGAAGACGAUGUUGGAAAUGCGCUCAAGUAUCUAAUCAAAGUGGCCAUGCUCAAAAACCACGAAGGAAAGCUAGUCGAAAUGCUAGUCAGCUGCGACUCUGAGACAUGUCAACAGCGGUGGCUGCAGGCGUUUGCCCCGCCCCAGGCCAGUGAGGAAGGGGAGUCGAUCUAUGAGGCGUGGGACUGCCCCCAGGUGAUUGCCAUUCACUCCUACCAACCUCAGCCCCUCCACAGUCAGCCCGACGAACUCACUCUCCAUCCAACCGAUAUCAUCAAUGUCACAAGAAAAAUGGCAGAUGGUUGGUACUACGGAGAACGAACCCGGGACGGCGAGAAAGGCUGGUUCCCCGGCAACCAUGUGCAAGAAAUCAUUUCGCAACAUAUCAGGGCCAGGAACCUACAGCAGCGCUACAGGCUUCUCAUGAUGUCAGGAUCUAUUCUCGAAUCGCAGAAAGGCAACACUAAUCAUAAGAAACAAAAGUAGGUGAAGAAAUAAAUAGAAAGAGAGAGGAGAGAGAAGAAGAAGAAGAAAUGAAGUAUUGAAAGGUAGGCGAUUAAAACUUAUGUAGAAAAUUGAUUUUUUCCUUUUAGUUUAAUAUCUGAUGAAUCGAUUCAGUAACUGCUUCGACGUGGAAAAUUACAAAAGCAGAGUUUUGACAAAUUUUCAGUCCUACUUUUGUCAAAUUUUUAAUAGGAUUUUUCUAUUGGUUCAAGUUGAAUGAAUAAACAUCUAUAAUAAGUAACAGAUUUGUAUACGAAAGUAAUGUACAAAAUGUUGGCCAUAAGUUGAAUAAAUAAACAUCUAUAGUAAGGUACAGAAAUAUACAAAUAAGAAAUUAAUUACAAAGUUUAGGUCACCACAAAAUAUUUUGAAAUUCGACUGAGUCAUUGUCAAUAUUGUAGAACCGUUCCAUAAUUGAAUAAAAACACAAAUAUGUUGUCAAAUUCUACACAGUUUUAUUUGGUACACGACCGGUCACGAAACCAUAGUUGUGUACCAAAUAAAACUGUGUACAAUUUGACAACAUAUUUGUGCUUUUAUUCAAGUAUUUUGAAAUUAUGAGUAAUAGAAACCGACGAAGAAAUAAAUAAUAUAGAAACAGAUUGAUUGAUUGAUUGAGUACUUUAUGUAGAUUACAAUAUAUACUGGCUUAUACACUUAUUUACAAUAGCUUACAAUACAGCAAAAUUAAAAAAAAAAAUCAGCUCAUAGUUGCAGUGAUAGUAGUUUUAAUUUUCUGCUCAAAAUUUUCAAGUUUAUUUCAAUAUUAUUGAAACUUUCUGAUUGUUUAGUGUUAUUUCCGGGUCUUAUCAACCCUUCGAAAUUCAAAAUUCAUCAGUCAUAUCUCGAAUACGUAUUCUCUGAAUGUUAAUCUUUGGUGAAAACAGAAAUUUUAAACUUAACCUCACUUUGGACUAUUUAUGUGCCAAAAUCAAGGAAUUGAAGAAGUUUUGGGCAAUUGCCUGUUUCUCUUUCCAAAUAUCGUGUUUGUGACUGUUCUAAUAAAUAAAUAAAUUAUAGAUGAAUUUACAUUAUAUAGACUAAGAAAAUAACUAUUGAACUGUAUAUGAUAUGAGAAAAGCAAUUUGUAAUAACUAUAGAUAAUUAUAUUGUUAUGCAUCUACAUAAAUUGGCGGAGCUUUGGAAAUACCAAUGUCCUUUCUUCGGAAACAAUAUCCUCCCCACUAACUCUACCAAAAAAAACAGAGAGAGAAGAGGGAAGAAAGAAAUGGAUAAUUGAAAGAUAGGACUGAUGAAUUUGUCAAAAAAAAAGAGAGGAAGAAGAAGUAGAAAAAGAAGAGGAAGCGAAAAGAAGCAACAUUAAUAGGUAAGCCAUGAAAAAUGUGUAGAAAUUGUUUAGUUGUCUGAUUAUUUAUCAGUUUUAUUCAAAUAUCUAAUUAUCAAAGGAAGAAGAAAAGAAAUGAACAAAGAAACAGGAGAAAUUCAGAAGAAGA